UCGUGGUCCAAUGCAGUCGGUGAGAUCUCGAAGACGUAUAUUUUCGUCACUGAUUGGCGUUAACGGAGAUAAUUGUCGUCUUGUUGACAUUCGUUUUAUCCUCAAGGCCCAAUAUUCUUCAACCACAGUUACGCUGGAAAGUCUGAGCAUUCGUCCGAUGCAAUCAGGUCGAUUUUAUUCACUUCGUCAUAUUUAAGUUCAUCUCCGGCUUUUAGUUGCCUUAAGACGUGGAUGCUCUUUGUCGAAAUUUGAUUGUCAGCUUUGAUUGAAAUAAUGGGUGUUGGUCUCAAACCACUCGAGUUCACUGACUGCCUCACGGAUAGUCCAUACUUCCGCGAGAAUCUGCAUUAUCACGAACGAGAACUUGAAAAGACUAGCCAGCAGAUCAAACGACUUAUCAAGGAGGUCAAGGAUCUCCUUCUUGCUGCCAAAAAUUUGUCCAGAGCUCAGAGGACUUUUUCAAAGACGUUACAAAAUUUUAGCUUUGAAUGCAUUGGGGAAACACAAACUGAGGAGGAAACUGACAUAUCGCAAAGUCUUAAGGAAUUUGGUAAACUUAUUGCAGCCAUCGAGGACGAACGUGAUAGGAUGCUUGAACGUGCUUACGAUCAGAUUAUAUUGCCGCUAGAGAAUUUUCGCAAAGAACAUAUCGGAGGUGUAAAGGAGGGUAAAAAAAAAUUUGAGAAACAGACAAUUAAAUUUUGUCAGACACAAGAGCGACACUUGAAUUUAUCUACGAAGAAGCAAGACAAUGUUCUUCAUGAGGCCGAUGCCACUUUGGAAAUGGCUGAGCGGUUUUUUUGUCAAGCCAGUUUGGAGUAUGUCUUUUUACUGCAAGAGGUACAGGAACGCAAGAAAUUCGAAUUCGUCGAAACGUUACUGGGCUUUAUGUUUGGUUGGUUGACUUUCUACCACCAGGGCCACGAAGUAGCCAAGGACUUCAAACCAUACAUGACGGAAUUGCAGUUAAAAAUACAAAAAUCCGCUGUGGAGACUGGAAUAAACAAGUCAAAUACUUGUGAGGGAUAUUUGUUUUUAAUGGAAAAGAAAGCCUUUGGUACAACAUGGAACAAGCAAUAUUGUACAUAUCAAAAAGACAAAAAGGAAUUUACAAUGAUACCUUACAAUCAAUUGACAGGAAAAUUCAGUAGUAAAGAAACGUUACGACUUGCAUCAUGCGUUAGACGAAUGUCUGAUACUAUUGAGAAAAGAUUCUGCUUUGAUAUCACGGCAGUGGAUAAGCCAGGUAUCACUUAUACAUUCCAAGCGCUGUCUGAUAAGGAUCGUAAACUUUGGAUGGAUGCUAUGGACGGAAAAGAGCCAACCUACGCCAUGCAAGGUCCUUCUGUGAAAUCUGAGGAAACGCUUCUCGACGAGACAGGAUUUGCAUUUGUCUCUAAGUGUAUCACAGCACUGGAGGAUCGUGGAUUGGAGGAGCAGGGCUUGUAUCGUGUGGUAGGCGUGACGUCAAAAGUUAACAAGCUUCUGGCGAUGGGCUUAGACCGCAGGAAAUUCGAGAAACUCAGCCUGGAGGACCGGUUCGAGUGGGAGAGCAAGACGAUUACGAGCGCUUUGAAGACGUACCUCAGGACCCUCACCGAGCCGCUGAUGACAUUCCGCUUCUACAGCAGCUUCAUCGCAGCCGCCAAGCAAGAGACUAAGGAGACAAGGAUCAGCGAUAUCCAUAUGCUCGUCUAUCGACUGCCUAAACCGAACUUUAACAUGCUUCUUCUGCUCAUCAAUCAUCUUCGCAACGUGGCCAAGAAGAGCGAUAAGAACUUGAUGACCGUUGGCAACCUAGCUGUCUGCUUCGGACCAACAUUACUACGUCCAGAAGAAGAGACGGUGGCGUCAAUAAUGGAUAUCAAGUUCUAUAACAUCGUCGUUGAGAUUCUUAUUGAUAACUGCGAGAGGAUAGCACGCGGACCACCUCCUCCAUCGCAACUACUUCCUACGGUUCCUAUUUCCACAGUGAAACCUAUGAGUAGUGAAUUGACAGAUGCUACUGGCAAUGGCACUAGUCUUAUGGCAAGAUUUUCAUCCCAUGGAGCCAUUCCAGCCUCCUACGCUCACCUGGUCACUCGAUCUUACCACGAUGCACCUGUUUCCGUGGUAGGACCGAGUUCCUUGGACGACAGAAAAAAUGGUGACUACAAGGAUAUGGAGCAUUCUUCUCAUCGUGCUCCUCACUACGCCGACACUAGAGCGGGUCGGUCGGGAAAGUUAACCAAUGCCAAUUUUAUGUAUCAUUCCUCAGAUAAAGUUACUGCUGGAGGAGGGAACACCAGCAGUUCCAGCGAAUCGGUUGCCUCCGACCCACAUCCCUUCACUUCGGAUUUGCCGAUUAAGCAAAAACGUGGAUCUAUGAUGGGAAUACAUUAUCCAUCAGGAUAUCCUGCCAGAACAAAUCCACCGCUAUCAAUAGUGAACACUUCGCCUAGUAGUGGUAGGUCGAGUCCUGGUCAAAUGCCAGGAAUCUGGAGAGUAAGAACUCUCUACGCCUGUAUGGCAGAAAAUGAUGGAGAGCUGUCAUUCGAACCAAACCAAAUCAUAACGAAUGUAAAACCUUCGUUGGAGCCAGGUUGGUUGGAAGGUACAUUGAACGGAAAAACCGGACUCGUCCCGAAGAAUUACGUAGAACAGUUGCCAUAAUGGGAA